UCCUGUCUCGUUCCUCUUCGCUUUCACUUAUGUACCACUCCAUUGGCCGUCACUCAUCUAAUCAUCUCUAAGUUCCCAAGAAAGCUAAUAGAAAACUGAAUUUGGAAACGAAAAGUCGGAGAUUAAAUCAAAGAAGUGAUGUCGGAUUGGGGCCCCGUUUUCGUGGCGGUGGUGCUGUUCGUGCUGCUGACGCCGGGCCUGCUGUUUCAGCUGCCGGGUCGCCACCGGUUCGUCGAGUUCGGGAACUUCCAGACGAGCGGCGCUUCGAUCAUGGUCCAUUCGCUCCUCUACUUUUGCCUCGUCUCCGUCUUUGUUCUGGCCAUCAAGGUUCACUUGUAUCUUGGCUAAAAACUCUCGCUCCUGCUUCGAGGAAUUAGAAAAGCGGUGAGUCAUUUGUUUCGCCGUUCCCUUUUCCUACCAUCACCCUUCAAUUUUCGUCAAAAUUGUUGUCGCUCUUUCGACAAGAUUCGAGUACUGUAAUCGAUUUCUUUCACAUGGGUAUCGUGAAAUCGACGGUGCGUAUCGUGGAAACUUCUCUC